GGUUUUCCCCCUAACCUCACAUUUUUUGUUCAUAACCUACAAAUUCGCUCUCGAACAUAAGAAGUACGUUAGAAAUUUCGCGGUCACUUACAUUCCGAUAAAAAUAUGCCGAAAAAUAAGAAGAAAGCCGAUACUUCAGAUUCCGAUUCUGGUCCAGAAGAUAGAGGUCCAGCUAAAAAACAGAAGAAAAGUCCGGAAGAUGAAAAUUCAUGGGAUUUAGGUAAAAACCGAUUUGUGAAACUUUCCGAAUUCAAGGGAAAAUGGUAUGUCAAUAUCAGAGAAUUCUACGAGGCAAAUGGUGAAUUGAAACCCGGCAAAAAGGGUAUAAUGUUGACCAUGGAGCAAUGGCAAAAAUUCAAGGGAAUGGUUGGAGAGAUCGAUGAAGCCAUCAAGCGAAAUGUUUAAGUUCAUUGUUUUUAUUCUAAGAAUUCCUAAAUUUAACCAUGUAACUUGUAAAUAAAACUAUAGGAAAAUACAAAA